CCUGUGCGACCAAUGCAAUUAGCUACGUGGUUACACUUAGGAGUGCUAGUGUACGUGUCGCACGGACGGCGCCAAGGAUGACGAGGAAGAAGGCGGCAGCAGUGUCCUCCGCCACCAUCAUCUUCUGCUUGUUCUGCUGCUAUCUCCCCGCCAGAGCGUCGUCGUCGUCGGUGGCGGCAGCUUCCUCGGCCGACGACUUCGUCCGAUGCCUCACCACGGCCAUGCCGAGCCAGCUCGUGUUCCCUCGGAGCUCGCCCUCGUUCGCCUCCGUGCUGGCGUCGUCCAUCCGGAACCCCAAGUUCAUGGUCCCCGGCACGGCGCGGCCGCUCUGCGUCGCCACGCCCGCCAACGCCUCCCACGUCCAGGCCGCCGUGCUGUGCGGCCGCCGCCACGGGGUGCGUCUCCGCGUGCGCAGCGGUGGGCACGACCUGGAGGGCCUCUCGUACCGCUCCGCCGCGCGCGCCGGCGACGACGCGGCCUUCGCGGUGCUCGACCUCGCCCCGGGGCUCCGCGCCGUCCGCGUCGACGUGGAGGCCGGCACGGCGUGGGUCGACUCCGGCGCCACGGUCGGCGAGCUCUACUACGCGGUGGGGAAGGCCAGCGGCGACCGGCUGGCGUUCCCGGCCGGCCUGUGCCCGACCAUCGGCGUCGGUGGCCACCUCAGCGGCGGCGGGUUCGGGAUGCUCCUGCGCAAGUACGGCGUGGCGGCCGACCACGUCGUCGACGCCCUGCUCGUGGACGCCCGGGGCAGGGUGCUGGACAGGGACGGCAUGGGCGCCGACGUCUUCUGGGCGAUCCGCGGCGGCGGUGGCGCCAGCUUCGGCGUCGUGCUGUCGUGGCAGGUCAGGCUCGUCCCCGUCCCGCGCGUCGUCACGGCGUUCAAGGUGCCCGUCUCCGUCGACCGCGGCGCCGUGGGCGUGCUCACCAAGUGGCAGACCGCCGCGCCGGCGUUCCCCGACGACCUCUUCGUCAGGGUGCUCGUGCAGGGGAAGGUCGCCGAGUUCCAGUCCCUGUACCUCGGCACGUGCGCCGCGCUGCUGCCGGUGAUGCGCGGCCGGUUCCCGGAGCUCGGGCUCAACCGCACCCACUGCAGGGAGAUGACGUGGCUCCAGUCCGUGCCCUACAUCUACCUGGGCAGCGGCGCCGCCGUGGAGGACAUCCUCAACCGGACCACGUCCCUGGCGGCCGCCAGCAAGGCCACCUCCGACUACGUCCGGGAGCCCCUCGCCGGCGCCGCCUGGACGGAGAUCUUCAGGUGGCUGGCGAAGCCCAACGCGGGGCUGAUGAUCCUGGACCCCUACGGCGGCAAGAUCGGCAGCGUGGCCGAGUCGGACACGCCGUUCCCACACCGCGGCGGCGUGCUGUUCAACAUCCAGUACAUGAACUUCUGGCCGGCGGCCGACGGCGACGCGGCGGCGGGGACCAAGUGGAUCAGGGACAUGUACGCGUUCAUGGAGCCGCACGUGAGCAAGAACCCCAGGGAGGCCUACUUCAACUACAGGGACCUUGAUCUGGGGCAGAACGUCGUCGUGGGCAACGUCAGCAGCUACGAGGCAGGCAAGGUGUGGGGCGACAAGUACUUCAAGGGCAACUUCCGGAGGCUCGCCAUGGCCAAGGCCCAGAUUGACCCUCACGACUACUUCAGGAACGAGCAGAGCGUCCCUCCACUUGUGGCGAGCAACUAGUCACGGUCGAUGGCACCGUAUGUCUGCAUGCUUAUACUUUAUCAACGUGUCAGACUUAGUACUUCUAUAUUUAAUGAUACCUGUAUCUAUCUAUCUAUCUAUCUAUCUAUCUAUCUAUCUAUCUAUCUAUCUAUCUAUCUAUCUAUCUAUCUAUCUAUAUCGAUAUAUACCUAAUAAUAUAAGGCAAAAUU